GAGAGAGAGAGAGAGAGAUUAAUCACUGGUAAUUCUUUGGUGGUCUUAGUGUAGCUUGUUUUCUAUCUUUGAUCAAACAUCAAGAUGAUGCCUGUCCAGAAACAGUUUCAACACUUGAAAAUACCACUAGAAGCUAUAUUAUUAGCAACAAAAAACUUUGAUGAAGACCAUCACAUCGGGGAAGGCGGAUUUGGGAAAGUUUACAAGGCAAAACUUCUCCUUUCAAACGGACAUACCACAGUUGCUUUAAAGCGUUUAGAUCGUAUACGUGGACAAGGGGAUACCGAGUUUUGGAAAGAGGUCAUGACACUUUCCCUUUACAAGCAUGAAAACAUUGUCUCCUUGUUAGGGUAUUGUGAUGAGAGUGGCGAAAAGAUCCUUGCAUACGAGUACGCAUCUAAUGGAAGUCUUGAUUCACAUCUCAACAACAAUAAUCUAACAUGGUCUCAACGCCUUAAGAUAUGCAUUGGAGCAGCACGCGGACUAGCGCACCUUCAUAGUGAUGUUGGGACUCAAGAAAGAGUAUGGCAUCGGGAUGUUAAAAGUUCUAAUAUUCUUUUAGAUGAAAAGUGGAAUGCAAAGAUCACAGACUUUGGUUUAUCCAAAUUUGGUCCAGCUAAUCGGCAUUACUCGCAUCUUUACUCCAAUCCUGUAGGCACGUUGGGGUAUUGUGAUCCGUUAUAUGCAGAGACUGGGCUUUUAACAAAGGAGUCAGAUGUUUACUCUUUCGGUGUGGUUUUGUUCGAAGUUUUGUGUGGAAGGGUGUGUAUGCCCAACAUUCAUGAGCGUCAAUCUUUACUUACCUUGGUACGAGAGAGUUAUAAACAGAAAAAGUUAAAUGAAAUUAUUUAUGGUAACAUAAAGCAUGAAAUAAAUCGUAGUUCGUUGAGGGCGUUUAUAUCAAUUGCUUAUCCAUGUUUGAGUUUAGAGCGUGAGGAACGCCCAUUAAUGGACAUGAUCGUGAGAACACUUAAUACUGCACUCAGCUAUCAAGUUCCAACUCCGGGUCCAACUCUACAUUUAAACAACAGUAAAGUGCCACCAUCACUUGCAAAGACUUCUUUUGCCCCGGAAGUGAACAUUCAUGGUGAUGCACGUAAUCCAAAAGGGAAGAAAACUGAAGGUGUCACCAUCACUAUACAUUCAGAACCGGGUGUGGUGAAUGUGGUAACUGUACCACGAAAUGUUAAUCCAGAGAAAACAAGCAAAAAGCCUGCAAAAAAUGGGAAGGAUGAUAAGUUUUGGGAUAACAUUGAAAAAGAACAGAUGAAUAAUCAGAUAAAGAACAUGCAGAUUCAUGGUAUUAAAAAUAACAAAAACCAGCUGCAGAAAGGAGGACAAACGAAACAGAGUAAGCAACCCCAACAGUCAAAAGGGUCUCAAGAUCAAACCAUGCGAUAUUACGAUGGGUAUCCUCGUUAUGGUAGUGGAGGUGGAGGUGGAGGUGGAGGAAGUAGUAGCAGCAUGAUGAAUCCAAGGAAGUCUGUGAAGUCUAAGGUGGUGGAGAGUGAUGAUGAUGAUGUGUACUAUGAUGAUGUGGAUGUGAAUGAGCACGUGAUAUAGUUGGAUUAAAAAUAUAAUUCAACUAUUCAAGUAAAAAAAAUUGCCAAAAGUUUGCUUGUAAUUACUUGAUUAAGAGAAGGUCUACAGGGCUAAUUACAUAAAAUAACUAGAAUUCCCCUAAGUCAAAUACACAACCUUAUUUGACUAGAAUACAAAAACUAAUUUUGC